AUGGCUGUCAGCACCGCUCCUUCGAAACCAAAUAUUGGCGUUUACACCAACCCAAAACAUGAUCUCUGGCUUGCCGAUGCGAAGCCCACCGUUGAAGAAGUGCAAACGGGCGAAGGCCUGAAGUCUGGCGAGGUCACGAUAGAAAUCAGAAGCACCGGUAUUUGCGGUUCAGAUGUUCACUUCUGGCAUGCCGGUUGUAUCGGCCCUAUGAUAGUGACGGGCGAUCAUAUCCUGGGCCAUGAGUCGGCCGGUGUCGUAAUUGCCGCUGCGCCCGACGUGAAGACCCUAAAAGUCGGAGACCGCGUCGCCGUUGAGCCUAAUGUAAUUUGCAACAAGUGCGAGCCAUGUCUGACUGGCCGCUAUAAUGGCUGUGAGGCCGUCGAAUUCCUAUCAACACCGCCCGUUGACGGAUUACUGCGCCGCUACGUGAACCACCCAGCCGUCUGGUGCCACAAAAUUGGAGAUAUGAGCUUUGAGAAUGGUGCCCUGUUGGAGCCCCUGAGUGUCGCUCUUGCUGGCAUUGACCGUGCGGGUGUGCGUCUAGGAGAUCCGGUGCUUGUUGCAGGAGCUGGCCCCAUUGGCUUGGUGUCACUGCUCUGUGUACGAGCCGCUGGUGCAUCGCCUAUUGUCAUUACCGAUAUUGACGAGGGUCGUUUGAAGUUUGCCAAGGAGCUGGUCCCAGAUGUGCGCACUUAUCAAGUUCAGAUCGGAAAAAGCGCGGAAGAGAAUGCCGCUGGAGUAUUGACUGCAUUGAAUGACGGCGAUGCUGAUGCAGUAGAUGCCAUCCGUCCCCGCGUGGCAGUGGAGUGUACUGGGGUUGAGAGCAGUGUCGCGUCGGCUAUAUGGAGCGUCAAGUUUGGUGGCAAGGUCUUUGUGAUUGGCGUGGGCAAGAAUGAGAUGCAGGUCCCCUUUAUGCGCCUUAGCACCUGGGAAAUCGACCUACAAUACCAGUACCGGUACUCCAACACUUGGCCCAAGGCAAUCCGCCUGGUCAAGAACGGUGUGAUUGACUUGCGAAAACUGGUCACUCACAGAUUUGCCAUUGACGACGCCCUCAAGGCUUUCGAGACGGCUGCGAAUCCAAAGACGGGGGCCAUCAAGGUCCAGAUUAUGAGCUCGGAAGAGGAAGUUGCAGCAGCUACGAAAGAGGCAGCCAACGGUGCGCAGUUGAAGUCACUGCGAGUUAAUCUUUAG